AUGUGGGGUGGGGGCAUCACCGCUCUCACCACCCACCGCCCCUCGGAGCCUACUCUCCAAAUCCUGGAGCCAAGAACGGCAGCGGCCCCUCCCUCUCCCGCCCGUUCCCACCCCCGACACCCCAGCCCAGCCCAGCGUAGCCCAGCCCAACGCUCUUCCCGGAGCCCCAAGCUGGAGCCGGACAAGCGAGGCCUCGAGGUGUGUGCCAGGCACAUGUCUGGGAUGGGCCUCCUGCUUCCCUUUUGCGGCCUGUGGGAAGUUGCCACCAGGGUCUCUCCCCGGCCCAGAGCGCCUGACUCGCCCCUUGGCCAAAUUGCUUGCUUCUUAGGGGGAGGGCGGCCUUCGAAGAAGUGGGUCGCCUCUUCUGCCAGCCGGCUCCUGCCUCCCGCCCCUGAUCAGCUUUGUCCUCAAAGCGCGCCCUCCCUUCUACCGUCUCCCUUUGCCCUCCCUCGGUCUCUGUCUCCCCGGGGUUCGGUACCCGUUCCCUGCUCUCAGGACCGGGCCUCCAAAAUGAUGCUCAGUCCGGACCAAGCCGCCGACUCGGACCACCCCAGCUCUGCACCCUCGGACCCCGAGUCGCUGGGUGGACCGGACGCUAAGGUGCUGGGCAGCGUGUCGGACCUGGAGCCGGUGGAGGAGAGCGAGGCUGAUGGCAAGGGCGGCAGCCGAGCCGCGCUCUACCCGCACCCGCAGCAGCUGAGCCGCGAGGAGAAGCGGCGCCGCCGCCGGGCCACUGCCAAGUAUCGCUCGGCCCACGCCACCCGGGAACGCAUUCGCGUAGAGGCCUUUAACCUGGCCUUCGCCGAGCUCAGGAAACUGCUGCCCACUCUACCCCCGGACAAAAAGCUCUCCAAGAUCGAGAUCCUGCGCCUGGCCAUCUGCUACAUCUCUUAUCUCAACCAUGUGCUAGACGUUUAG